GUGUUCGACCUGAUCAACACUUACAUACUCGCAACACGUGUGUGUUUAUAUUCAGACAUAGAUACACAAAUUGCAGUUAAAUCUGAAAUUCGCUAUACUUUCAAUAUCUAAAUUUCGAAUCCAGUUUUGCUUAAAAUCUCGUCGAAAUUUGCGAGAAAUUCGAUUUGAUCGGAAAAUUAUAUGUAAGCUUUUGUUGAGUUGAUCGACGAAAGAUGAACGGAGGAGCUCACAACACAUACGAAACUAUAAACGCAGCUGCCAAUGUGAUCGCAUCGGCUGAGAAUCGUGUGCAUCAAGCUUCUCCACUUCAGAAAAAACGGUGGGGAAGCUGGCGGAGUUUAUAUUGGUGUUUUGGGUCUAACAAACAAAAGACAAGGAUUGGACAUGUUCCUGAACAAACAGCAGGAGCAGAUGGUACUGCGGAACACAAUUUAAACCAAUCAUUGUCUGUGAUACUUCCCUUUGUGGCACCUCCAUCCUCUCCUGCAUCUUUCCUUCAGUCAGAACCUCCUUCCACACUUCAAUCGCCAGCUGGUUUGGUUUCUCAUUCUGCCAACGUAUACUCACCUGUGGGAGCAGCCUCUAUGUUUGCUAUUGGUCCUUAUGCCAAUGAGACCCAAUUAGUGUCGCCCCCUGUAUUCUCAACAUUCAAUACUGAACCAUCCACAGCUCCCUUUACUCCUCCUCCUGAAUCUCUUCAGUUAACUACGCCUUCGUCGCCUGAGGUGCCAUUUGCUCAGCUUCUUGAUCCCAACCACCAAAACAGAGACGCUAAUAAAAUAUAUCCGUUGCCCCAAUAUGAAUUUCAGUCCUACCAGCUUCACCCGGGAAGCCCACUUGGCCAACUGACCUCUCCCAGCUCGGGCAUCUCAAAUUCAGGGACCUCGUCUCCUUUCCUUGAUUGCAAUUCUACUCCUGCACGACCACACUUCCUUGAUUUCCGUACUGACAACCCUCCUAAGCUCUUGAACCUUGCCAAGCUGUCUCCACAUAAAUGGGGAUCCCAGCAAGGAUCUGGUUCUUUGACCCCAGAUAAUAUGGGAUUAAAGUCCCAGGAUGGUUCUGUGCUGAAUGAGCAGAACUUUGAUAUUUCUGCUCUCAAGAUUUCAUCCGAUGUGCGGAAAAAUGAUGAAACUGCAAUUGAUCAUAGAGUCUCAUUUGAGAUCACUGCAGGGCAAGUCGGUAGAUGGGUGGAAAACAAUCUAAUUGCUUCCCCGAAGGUUCUAUCUAAGUCGGAAUAUGUAGAGGGCAUUCCUGAAGGCGAUGAAGGUUCAGCCAAUUUGCCUAGUGAUUGUGAGUGUAAUAAUACAGGUGCAACAUCUGAUCAGACUGAACAGAGAGCUUGCAGAGACUGUGCGGAUAGGGAGAAGCAUCAGUCAGUUACCCUUGGGUCUUCCGGAGAAUUCAUCUUUGACAAUGCUGAAGUAGGAAAUACUGAAAACCCACCUAGCAUAGGUUCUGACUGGUGGGCAAAGGAAAUGGUUAGCGGUAAGGAGGCUGUACCAAGUCAGGGCUGGACCUUCUUUCCUGCAACGCCGCCAAGUGUCAGCUAACGGAUGCAUAUUAAACCAUUCUUCAGUUUUGUGCACAUAGGUGAUGCAAGUUGAAUUUGGACGUAUGUUGUGAAGUUUGCGGUUUUGGAUCAGAGAUACAUAUCCCAACUCAUACCUGCUUAUAGCGAACAUCUCCUCACUCUGAAUCAGACAUUCGAAAAGCGUAAAGUAGAAUAAUGAUCAGUUUCAGUUUCCCUAUAUAGUGCCCGUCCAUGUUAUACCAACUUCUGUCAAUAUAUAUGCUUGUCUUUCCAGAAUGAUAUGCUUGUCAAUAUCGGCACUCUCUAGAUCAAUCAGAUUAGAAAAAAGUUUGUAGUCGCCUUGGCUAUAACUGUGCUAACAAAUGGUCUCUUCUACUUAAAUUUUGCUCAUCUUGCAAUUGAAAUGGUAGGAGUUACUUGUAGUGUGGAUUCUAAACUGAUUGUUUCACAGAUGGAAGUGAAAUAAGUUAGUGCAAGACCAAUGCUGCUUGUCGGUCAGUGAUCAUCUGUUUACUAAUCAUUUCUGCAGAAGCAUUCCUGCAUCUGGAACGGAUGAAAUUCAUGUUAGUAUCAUAUUUAUAUGAUUUUACCUUUUGUUUUAGACGGAAAUUAUGUACAUUAACAUUUUUUCCGAGCUAUUGGUAGGCAUUUGGUAUUAGAAUAUGUUUCUGUUCUUCUGACAGUUUCCUUGUUUAA